AUGGCGACCCUACUGGGCGCAUCCCUUGGGUUGAUGCUCCUCAACUUUAUCGCUACAAUCCCAGCCCUGUUCUACAUCGACAGCUCCGACGGACGCAGGCGACUGCUGAACGGGUCGUUCCCAGCCAUGGCCAUCUCAUUGCUAGUCUCUGCUUUAGUUCUGAAGAUUCCGAACCGAGCUGCAGCCAUCGCUUUCCACUACAUCUUCUUGGUCAUGUUCAUGAUCGCGUAUUCCAUCGGGGAAGGUCCAGCUGCUUUCGUCAUCUCAGCAGAAGUCUUUCCACUCGUCAACCGAGAACUCGGCAUGAGUCUCGCAGUGUGUUGGAACUUCAUGGGAGCCGGACUUCUCGCUGUCUUGGCCCCGUCGCUGCUGAAAGCGCUCGAUCAAUUCGGCGUACUCUUGUUGUUCGCAGGCACCAACCUUGUCGCAUGGUUCCUUUGUUACUGGCUUGUUCCCAGUACCGGCCAAGAAAAUCUGGAGGAAGUAUUUGAGCAGCUAGAUAUCACUACCUGGUUCAUGUUCAAGUACACUUUAAAGACGAUAUCACACGCACUCACCGCUCCAAUAGAUCGCUGCUUGCGACGAUUCUCUAAACCUCUAGGAGAGUGUGGCUAUCCGAAGAAACUCGACACGCCAAGACAGGAGUGGGAGGAGUGGAAGAACCGAGCACAACAAUCGGAAGCCACUCUUGUCGAUCUUGUGAACUCUUCAGAGUCAAGCGCAGAUGACACAGAUUUGUCGAGUGAUACGGAACCCGAUACUGGAAUUGAACUACUUCAGAUGGCAACGCGUUCCUGA